GCCAGAAAGCUACCAAAACCGCCGCAAGCAUAUUGUCCCGAUCUAACCGCUGCUUGGCCCUCCACUCCCCUCCCCUGGCCUGCAGGUCGCAAAGAGCUACUACUAGGUAUACCACACAUAUAUAGCUAGCUUUGAAGGCCGGCCGAUUCACCACCUGCGCUCGCUCACUCUUGACUCUCCUUCACUUGUUCCAUCAUUCCGUCUUGCUGGAGGUUUCAGUUCAGGCUUCAGGGUGCGGGGAGAGCUAGCAUCAGCCAUGAAGAGGAAGAGCCCAUGGUCGCUGCUGCAGCUGCUUUGCUGCGCCGCAAUGGUGGUCGCGCUCCUCCUCUCCCAACAAGGAAGCCAGGCCGCUUAUUUCGUGCCGUCGCCGGGUCCAGCUCCGGCGCCGACCAAUUCCUCCGCUGCUCCUCCUCCUCCUCCGCCAGCCAAGCCCAACGCAUUCCCACUCCCAAUGUACGGUGUCACCCCCGGCAGCCUCCAGCCCCAAGGUCCGUGUAAAAAGAAUAACACCUCUCUGAAUUCUGAAUCGCUCGUCGCCGAUGAUUACUAUAGAGUACUAGCUCAAGAUGUUGCUGUGCUGCGUCUGCGUGCGUGCGUUGUUUGCGACAGAGUGCGGCGGCCGGUGCGCGGCGCGGUGCUCGGCGACGGCGUACCGGAAGCCGUGCCUCUUCUUCUGCCGGAAGUGCUGCGCGACGUGCCUGUGCGUGCCGGCGGGCACCUACGGCAACAAGAACACCUGCCCCUGCUACAACAACUGGAAGACCAAGAGGGGAGGCCCCAAGUGCCCCUAGUAGGCCUCCUCAUACGUGGAUCGACCUGACAUUGCAUCCGUUUUUUUUUUACAUUUUAUUUAUUACUCCCGCCUAUUUAUACAGGGAUAAAAAAAAAAGACAAGCGAAUCACGUUACCAUGCACUGUUGCUUCUCGAUCGUCUGAUUCGUCGGGACUGCUCUCGUCUCACGCUGUGCACCAUACUGUAUAUCCUUGUAUGUGCAGUUGUGCACACAUACACGUUUGCUCACCGGUAGCAGAAUGCCCGGCAGUUUGGCCAUGGCAAACCGGCUUGGAACGCGGAGAUCAUUCUGAAUUCCAUAUAAAUUUUACAUGGUAUCUUUGAAGACCAGUCUGGCUGGCCUUCUCGGUCGCGUUUCAAAGACGUUGCAAACGGAGGAAAUCAAAUGACAACCUUGUAGAUUUUUUAUAAACACAUCUGUAUUUCAUGUGCCUGGUCUUUUAGGUUGCUUAUUAGGCAAUAUUUAAUUUUGUUAUUGUUUGAUUGUAGAAAAAACUUAUGAAAAUUCUUUUGUGAGUUGUCCUUAUAAUUUUCUUGUCUAAAAUUUGUUGGCUAAAAUUUAGGCACACCUAAAAUAUAACAAAUCUAUUUGGUUAAUCUUUUUUUGAGUUUUCAUUACCAUAGAUGCCAAUGGAACCAGAAAUGAUAGUUACAAGAUUGGAUCAUGAACCGAAAGAUAUAAAGCAAGAAAGAAGAGAAAAGACCACGAACAACAACAAACACAUUACAGGAGAAACAACCUCAACAACAUAAACAAGGGGGCAACACAGCUACAAAGUCGAGGCAUAAGCUCCCAUGGCAAGGGUAGGUCGUCGAUAGCCGAGCAAUGCACCGCCAAAGCAACAAAACUUCAAUGACCUUCAUUCCACACGUGUUUUAGAAUAUCUGGAAUCCAAUCUACGAGGAAGUGGUAAUUACAAGGUUGGGUCAUGAACCCAGAGAUACAAAGCAAGGAACUAAAAAUGCUUGUAUGGUUGCGUAGGGUCAAGACCUUGGUAUUAAUGAUGUUGGUCAUGCAACUCUAAAAGGAAAAAACAAAGAUCGGUAUUGUUAGUGAUCUUCAUUGUGCAGUGCUUCCUUCAUAAUAGUUUGUUGUAGGGAAUAAGAAGGAAUAAGGAGACAAUAGCUGAGGUUGUGUCCCUCUAUGAGAAGAGGAUCUCUACUGCAAGGGUAAAUAAUAAGAAGAUGGUGCUCCUGGGGAACUACUUUGGUUGAUGUUUAUAACUCACAUGUUUGGAAUUUUAAUACUCGAGAAGUAAGGUGAGGUGCUCAGAAUGCAUUGUAUUUUGCCAAGUUAACUCUUACAUAGACUGACUUGGCAUAUUUUUGCUCUUUUGGAUGGCAAAGCGAUUCCACAAGGUCGUAUAUAGUUUAGGUGAUACUAGGCUAGUGUGAGGUGGUGAACUGUGCCCCUCUAACAUGUAGAACUCCAAGUCUAAUGUGUAGGUGACAUCAAUUGAGUGAUGGUUGAUGGUAGCCACUCUAA